AUGGGCGGCUUUUCGUACGGUUACGACCAAGGAGUCAUCUGUCUUAUUCUGGUCAUGCCACAGUUCCGAGCUCAAUACCCUCAGGUUGACCCGUCGGCGGCGCACUAUGGAUUCAAUACUGGCUUCAUGACUGGCAUGCUCCUCCUCGGGGGUUUCGUGGGCUGUCUCUUCUUCCCUUACGUCGCCGACAAACUGUCUCGCAAAUGGGCUUUGAGCGUUGCGGUCGCAUUCUUCGACGUCGGCGCGAUCAUCCAGACUGCAGCGCCAAAUUACGGCACGCUCAUUGCCGGACGUGCGAUCGGUGGAAUCGGGGUGGGCACGCUCGCCAUGGGCGCACCUCUUUAUAUCUCCGAGAUCUCGCCUCCGGAGAUGCGUGGCUCGUUGCUCACGCUCGAAGAGCUUUUUAUCGUUGUUGGCGCCAUUUUAUCCUACUGGGUGACCUACGGAACUAAAGAUUUGGCCGGCGAUGCCGCUUUUCGUGUGCCGUUUGGUCUUCAAAUGCUGCCGGCGACGCUGCUUGGCGUUUGCAUCCACUUCUUCCCUUAUUCUCCACGGUGGCUUGUUAUGGCCGAUCGGCAUGACGACUCGCUUCGGUCUCUGUCCAAACUGCGUUGUCUCCCAGCCGAAGAUCACCGGGUGCAGGCCGAGUGGCGCUCCAUCAUUGGAGAAAUCGCCUUUCAGCAAGACCUUGCUGGCCGGAAGCAUCCGGGACCAUCGGGAACGAAGCUGGAGCUUCUCAGAUGGCUGGACCUGUUCAAGCGCGACACCUGGAAAAGGACUGUCGUUGCCUGUGGCAUCUGUUUCUUCACGCAAUUCUCCGGAAUUAAUGCGUUCGUGUACUAUGCGCCGACGCUCUUCACCAGCCUUGGUCAAGACUACCACAUGAGUCUGAUUCUGUCGGGCAUGAUCAAUAUAGGGCAAUUUGUUGGCGUCGCACCUGCAAUGAUUUUCAUGGAUAACAUUGGCCGCCGUAGGAUGGCAAUUUGGGGUGCAGUCGGGAUGAUGAUCGCCCAUGCGACCAUGGCGGGUAUAUACGGCGCAUACGGCCACGACUGGCCUGCGCAUGUAGCAGGGGGAUGGGCUUGCGUCGCUUUCGUCUACGUAUACGUUGUGGUCUUCGGUCUUUCUUAUGGGCCACUCAUCUGGACAUUGCCUUCCGAGGUCUUUCAGAACGUGCACAGAGCCAAGGGCGUGGGCCUUGCAGUCGCUAUCAGCUGGCUGGCUAAUUUCAUUAUUGGCGUGAUCGUCCCGCCGAUGAUUGAGUCCAUCAAGUACGGAACGUUCAUUUUCUUCGCCGCCUUCUGCGCUGUUGCGGCGAUGUUUUCAUACUUCCUCGUGCCUGAGACGGCGAACAAGACAUUGGAGGAGCUGGACGAGGUACUGCAGUAG